AUAUACAAACAUGUAUGGCGCAACAUCCAUCGAUCUGUCAGGUAUUUGCGUUGCUGUUCUCCAGAUAGGCUGAGCUCCCAGCAGCCCCAAUUAGUAGCUGAGCCGACAAAUUUAAAGGCUCCCGGUCGGGGAGCCUUGAUGGUGCUCCCUUUUUCCUUUUGUUUUUUAGAAGAAAUACACCCACACCCGAGACAGGGGAAGAAGAGGGAGAAAGAAAGGCACACGAAGAAAAAAGAAAAGAAAAGGGAAGUUCUCGGUUCAUUAUAAGACACUUGGAGUCUGGAUUGGACCAAAUUCGGAAGCGACGGGCCAUAUAAUUCAAGCAACUUUCACAACUUGGUCAAUACAUCCACUCCCGAGAGAGAGGGAGAAAGGCAAACAAGGAAAAAAGAAAAGAGAAGGGAAGAGAAGAGAAGUUCUCAGUUCAUUUUAAAACACCUGGAGUCUCGAUUGCACCCAAUUGGGAAGCGACGGGCCAUUUAAUUCAAACCACUUUCAAACAACUUGGUCCGCAAUGUAACAGGCUGCACUGAAAUCCCUGAACUGUCAAUAUUGGAAACCUGCUCCAACCACGACAAAGGGCUCGAUCGGGGCUGGCGAUCCCCUUUCCCGAAGGCUGGGCGAGGAGAAACUGAGCGCGCAAAAAGAUCGGCCGCGAUCUGCCAGUCUUGCCCAACCGAAGCCGCAUCCCCAACGCGACCAGGGAUCUUUCCAAACCUCCCCCACCCACCCACCCACGCCUAAAGUUGCGAGGCGACCCGGCCGCUCCUGGCCUGAAGCCUCCCCGAGGCCCCUCCCUUCCCCUCCGCCUAGCCGGGACUGCUGGAACGUUGGCGUCUCCAGGGUGACGCGACGCUUUUUCCUUCCACGGGACAGGUGUCGUGACCGAGCCCCCCUUUUUUGGCGCCGAGACCUCGGGUGGAGAGAGAGCGAGAGAGCUGGUGGGGAUGCCACUGAAAGUAGUGGUGGAGCUGCAGAUCCAUGCGGUAUCUUGCCCUGGUGUGUAUUUGACAGAGAAGAAUGAUGUUUAUCUCACUGUUUGUAUCCUGGGCCAGUGCAAGGAGACCGAUUGCAUUCCGCCAGUGUUUCCUCUCUUGUUCCAUGAGAAAAUGUGGUUUGAGAAGGUAUUUGAAAACGCUACAGAUCCUAUUACUGUUGUAGAACUGCUAGAAAGAAACAUGGCAAAGUUUCGAUUAUCUGAACUGAUACCUUCAGAUGGAAAAGAGCUGGCGUUUUAUGAAACAAACACUCGGUAUUUUCUGUUUCCUGAGCCAAAACUGACUCCUUCAUAUCCUGGAGUGGAUCGAGAGCUAUUAAUGAACACUCAUCCUUCUUUCCCGGGCAUUGCACCAAAAUUAGAAUUUUCAACAAGAACAACUAUUACAGAGCUUCCACUUCUUCACAGCAAGUGGUAUAGUGAUCGCAAUAAAACCAAGUUACAAAGGGUGCCCUCAACAUCACCCGAAAAAAGGAGCAUCUCACCAGUGCAACAUAAGACAGCAAAAAGUCGAAGCUGUAAGAGACUUUCGAGGUCAUUUGAGUCCCGCUCCUCAUCCCCCAGCUCAAGAAGGCGUCUCCAUGAAGUCUGCAGAGAUAAGCACCAGCCACAAUCUUCCCUGAACCUGAGAGGUGUUCGGUUCAAAACGGAAGCAGACCACAGGCCGCCUUUUGUAGUUAGGCAUGUGGAUGCUUCUAAAGGAUUUUCUGAAGAAGCUCGGUCUCCCUUAUCAUAUCAAAAUGCAAGACAGGGUACCAUCACAUCAAAAAAUCCUCACAAAUACCAGUUAAAACGAGCAAUUUCAUUUGAUAGCUGGAAAACAACAUCUCCAGCUGCUAAGGUUAUCAGAGAACCAGCUGAAGACCAAAAUUUGGAUUAUGAGUCAACGUUUCAUGAAACAAGGCCAUUUGCUGCCACUUAUGCAUGGAAGACCUCUGGUCUUUGCCACAGAAGUUCUUCCCCAAACCAUUAUGAGUCAACGAGUCCUAGUGGAAGAUGGGUAUCUCCCCAACACAGGCUAUACUCCAGCCCCAAUUCCAGCUGGGAGGAGAUUAAUGAGAGAGUGAGGAAUCUGCUUACCUCUCCUGAGGCCAGAGAAAGGCUUUCCAUUGGAGCCACUGAUUUUGAGAUUGAUGAUGUCCUUGAGAGAAGGUCCAUCUCUUUGAGGAGUUCCCCACACUGUGACUCAACAGAACAGAGAUACAGCUUGUAGUUAUGGUUGGCAAGAAAGAAUGCCAUAGCUUUGAGAUACAGCCUGGAAGAUUUAUUGCUGGCAAGGUCUUUGCUACAAAAUGAAGAUGAUGGAAAGUUCAUUAUCAGCAUGAAGUUAUGUCAACAUUGAUUUGAACACAAGUCACCGCUGUAUGGUUGUGAUGAUUAAACUGAGGAUUUAUACAUUUUGAAA